AUGGGGGCCACAUCCAAAAAUUCUGACAUUUCAACUGUCAUUCUUUAAGCCUGUGCUCCCCAAAAAUAAAAUAAAAAAAAAAAAUCACACCGCGAUAACCCCAACACAUUACUUUGGGGAGGUGUACUACACACACUUCCAUCAACAUCUCAAACGACAUUUCGAACAAGAAGCAAAAAAACGAACAAGAAAAGAAAAAAUUCUACUUUACAUCAACCUCAAUCAAAUUGAAUUAAGAAAAAUUAAAGCAAUCCGAAGCAAUCUGGACCGCAAGCAAGUGCUUUAAACCGUGUUACGCAAGAAAUGCUCAAUCGCCUCCUCAACAACUUAAAACAUCGCUCCAAUGUUACUCUCCGUCAAUGGUCUUAUCAAUGUGAAUACAUUUUUGCUCAACGUUCGCGACGUGCUCAACAAUUGUUGACAUUCUAUCAUCGCGUUUGGGGCGAUACCGGUUUUAAAGAGCUCCUACGCUCCUAUCGCACUCAAUUCCAACCACCCAUCAAAGGUUUGAUGCUAAGUGCUGUAGGAGCUCUAGCUUUUGAUUGGAACAACGAACGAAUCCAAUUGAGCAAGUUCGAAGUAUGUCGACCGGACAUGGAUUUCAUUGACCGUGUUGAACGGGCUUUGGUCUGUGAAGUAUGCCAACAAUGGUCGAGAGAAGUCUGUUAUUGUGCGUCAAAUACAGACGAACGAAUAUGGGAACCCUAUGUGACUAGAGACAAUUACACGAUUUGGAAACGUGAAGAGAAACCUUCUCUGUAUGCUUAUAAGAUUUACGUUCACCAUGACGAUGUGUCUGCCGAUGACUUCCUCAAUGUCCAAACUGACAUUGAAUAUCGUAAAAAAUGGGAUGCCACAGCUGUCAAGUUGGAAGUCAUCGAGAGCGACACGAUGCCAAAUUCGAAUAGCGAUUUACUUUACUGGGAAAUGCAAUGGCCAAGGUUUUUUGCAAACAGAGAUUACGUUUACUGCCGUCGGAUAUUGACUGAUAAGGAAAAUAAUGCUAUUUUGAUAUACAAUCAAAGUGCAAGGCAUCCAAAGUACCCUGAAGAUCCUUAUAAGGUUCGAGUUCAUGAAUACUGGAGUUAUAUGGUUAUAAAACCAUAUAAGAACUUUCAUGAACCAGGGAUUCAUUAUGUCUUGACUUAUUUCGAUGAUCCGGGUUUGGCGAUUCCGGCGCGAGUUAAAUCAUGGGUAACUCAAAGUCAAAUGCCAGAUUUCCUUAAAAGACUGUACGAAGCAACGAAAGAAUAUGCUCGUUAUCGAUCGCAGUCGAAAACGCAACAUAUUUCCAGUCAAUUUAAGAUUUCCACAUCGGAAUAUCGAGCGAAUGAGGAUCGGGGUAGUCGAUUAGAUAGUUGCGGCAAUGUUGGAGGAAGCUCUAGAGUAUCAAAAAUGGAACAUAUUCAGAUUGGAAAGUAGAUCUGAUUUUUCUUUAUUUUUGGGUUUUUAUCAUUUUUUUUUUUAAAUUAAUUUUAUCUUUUAUCAUAAAUUCCUGAUAAGAAACAGACAUUGUUAUAAAUUUCCCUUUACUAUUUAACUUUUCUCUUUCUCUAUUUAGUCCUCUUUUUUUCGAGGAUGUUCCUUGGAUUUUUUUUUCUAUAUUUCUAAUUGGCGGUUGUUAACCCAUUUGCAUGGCAUUGCAAAAAAAAAAAAGUGUAUAUUUUUUUAUUAAAAAUGAAUUAGAAGCAUUUAUUGUUAUUUUUUUUGCGAAGGAAAAAAUCUUUUUGAUUUUUUUGUUUUUUAGAUUUAAAUCAUGUUUUUUAAAUGAAUUGGAAAAAAACUACAUAUGUUAAAAUCAAAGAGA